AAUUCUCUCUCUCAUCGAUCUCUCUUUUAUAAUUAUUCUUUAUUAAUCAACAAACAAAUACAAUUCUCUCGCUCCUUUAAAUUAAACCAUGAUUGAUUUCCUCUUGAGUCUGUCAAAUUAAUUAAGCGAAGCUAGCUUCUGCUUCUUCGAUCGAUGGGAGAAGCAACAGCUGUGGUUGGUGAUCAUGGUGGUGACCAUUUCGAUAGCUGUCCGGCAGCUACAUCCAGCAGCAGAAAACAGACUAAUACUAAUAAUAAUUAUGGGAUGCUUGUGAAGAACCCGGGUGUGUCGAUACUUGUGUCUGUGUUUUUGCUCACUGUUUUCGUCACUGGAGCUAUUUUCACUCGUUGGGUUGACGUUUCUAUCAUAACAGCCCAAUUUCGUCAAAAAGAAAUUUCCACCUUCCAAGAAAGUGAAAGCACAAACAACGACAGUAGUAGUAGUAGUUCAACCCCCGAAUCAUGUCCCGAAUACUUCCGAUGGAUUCACGAAGACUUGAAGCCAUGGAAGGAUACCGGAAUCACAUUAGAAAUGGUGGAAAAAGCUAAAGAAAAGGCGCAUUUCAGGUUAACCAUAGUCGACGGAAGGCUUUACAUGGAGAAAUAUGAUUAUGUGUUCCAAACGCGUGACGUGUUCACCAUUUGGGGGAUCCUACAACUCCUUGAAGUCUACCCUGGAAAGGUCCCGGACCUUGACUUGAUGUUCAUGUGUCACGACUGGCCGUUGGUCCUUAAAAGAGAUUAUCCCGACAACACGAGUAUCAUUCCGCCACUUUUCCAUUAUUGUGGCGAUGAUUUAACUUAUGAUAUCGUUUUCCCCGAUUGGUCGUUUUGGGGUUGGCCAGAAGUGAAUAUAUUGCCAUGGGUGAAAUUAAGCAAGGAUUUAGAACAAGGGAACAAAAUGAAAAAAUGGAUAGAAAGGGAACCAUAUGCGUAUUGGAAAGGGAAUACACACACUGGGAGGGCUCGAAAAGAUCUUGCCAGGUGCAACUCUGAUGAUCAUCAUGCCCAAAUCCACCAUUUGGAUUGGAGAAGGGGGUUUAAAGAUACGGACUUAGCAAGUCAGUGUACCCAUAGGUACAAAAUAUACGUCGAAGGGAAUUCAUGGUCAGUUAGCGAGAAAUAUAUUCUGGCUUGCGACUCGAUGAGUCUGGUCAUAACUCCUCAUUACUAUGACUUUUUCUCGAGAGGUUUAACCCCAACUGUUCAUUAUUGGCCUAUUAACGAACGCAAAAAAUGCGAUUCCAUCAAGUUUGCUGUUGAGUGGGGAAAUAACAAUACGGAAAAGGCGCAAGAAAUUGGAAAAAGGGGAACUGAAUUCACCGAAAACGAAUUACAAAUGAAAUUCGUCUAUGAUUACAUGCUCCAUCUUCUAACAGAAUAUUCAAAGCUUUUCAAAUACAGACCAUUUGUCACAAAAAACGCCGUUGAAGUUUGUUCAUGUUUAGAUAAAGGUAUGGUGAAAGAGUUUAAGGAAAUAUCGAAGGCAAAAGGUCCAUCCCAGAACGCUCCAUGCACUAUGCACCCUCCUUACGAUGCCGAGGAACUUCAGUCUUUGAUAGAAAAGAAACUAAACUUGACGAGGCAAGUCGAAAUGUGGGAAGCAAGGGGGCACGUUUAACACUCAUGAAGAUGUUCAUAAAAGAUUUUCAAACCAAUUUUUUAAUGGGUAUAAUUUAUAGUUGUUGAUAUAACUUAUAGUUUUUGACGUGUUAAAACAAGUGUACUAUUAUUAUGGUAUAUAUAACGGGACAAUAAAUGGAUUGGAUAUAAGGUUUAGGCAUAAGUUGAAAGGAAGGCAAUAAACGAGUUAUAUUUGAGCCAUGAUACUGACUGAUUCAACAAUGACAUGUUAUCUCCAAUGACUAAAUGCGUACAAAUGUCAAUAUUUGCUUUAAUUCUGUAAUAUUCAGCAACAGUUGAUUGCACAAUUAUAAUUUAAAGCAUAGUUUACUUUCA